AGCGCCGGGUUUUCUAUCAGUGACAGUGAAGGGAUUCUGAGAGCGUCUAAGUUGCUGUACUGAAAACAGUAUGUUGAUAUAAUGCUGCAACAAGAAUUAAUUGAACUUUUGGGGUCUGGUACACCAAGAAUUCUUGCAGAUAAGAUACCAGUAACUGAAAAAAGGGAAUUCGAGUUUGCAUUUCAACAAAAAGAAAAAGAGAGAGAAGCAGAAAAUGCUGUUUCACCGUUCAGAUUUAGACCUCAACGAAUUCGCGUUGCUGUAGAGGAUGAAUAUUUUGAAGAUGGGGACAUACAUCGGCACAUGUAUCUACAAGAUGUCGUAACGUCUAUUGCUGAUGAUUACCAGCCUCCAACCAUUUCUGAGUUCAGAUGUCACAUUGCGGGAUGCAUACAGUUAUUUGACACAUUGGAAGGAUACGAACACCACUACAAUUCAUUACAUCGACAUGUAUGCUCCAACUGCAAACGUUCUUUUCCGUCAAAUCGACUACUGGACAUACACAUCUUGGAGUGGCAUGACUCUCUCUUCCAGGUCAUGGCGGAGAAGCAGUGCAUGUAUGAGUGCUUGGUUGAGGGAUGUGGACUGAAAUUCAUAACAAGCAAAGAGAGGAAAAAUCAUCUAAUCAGAACGCAUAGCUAUCCUGCAAACUUCAGAUUUGACAAAUCAAAGAAAAGUGGAAGAAUUCGAGAAAAAAAGGUUCCACAACAGAAGGAUGCUCAUAUGGAGGUUUCUGCAACUAGUCAGCCAGAGAACGCUGAGUCAAUGGAUUUCUCCUUGACUUCAGAGCCAGAAAGCCUGAAGACUGUAGAAACCAAUCCAGUGCAUGCAACUAUUCCAAAGCCACAAUAUUCAUACAAAGUUCCGCCAUCCAUUUGCUUUGGUCAAGGCUCAGUCAGAGGGUUCAGAGUAGGAAGAAGGAAGAAGUAGGCCAAAGCUUUCAUUUAAUGAAUAUUUGUCAUGUAUCCACAUGCAUGGUAAAAUUACCAUUUGUUUUUUUCAGAGCAGGAUUUUGCAAUAAAACAUUUCUUAAAGCAA